AAUGGCAACUACCCUACCUUUUAUAUCUAAGAAUAAGAAUUAGUAUAUAAUCAAUAUAUUUGUAGUGUGGAAAUGAAAGCUGUUACAUGGCAAAAAGAUUCUCAUGGAUUGUUUGAUUAUGAGACUAAAUCUUUAAGCGUUAAAAAACAUAGGGUUGAAGGAUCAUGCAAAGUUAGCAGAGAAGGUUUGAAAGUGUUAGUAAUAUAAUAGAGAAUGAAAUAGUUAUAUAAGAUGGAAAGAUUAAGGAUGAGGCACACUUACCUCUAACAUCCAUUUAAGCUUAAGGAGGUAUAAUUCUUAUUAAUAUUCAGACUAAUAUUUUAUUCAACCUAAUUAAAACUCAACAGAGAAUGAAAAUUAUUUAAUUGUUCGUAGUUUAAAAAAUGCUGAUGGUGUUUAGAAGGUAUUAAUAUUGAUUACAGUUUAGGGUUAUAUAUUAUAAGAGGGAGAUCUUCUAAAAUUAGGCAGAGUUGAAUAUCAUGUGAUAGAAAUCAGAGACAGUAAAGGAUAAAUAAGAACAGUAAAGGAUGUUUUCUAGUCAGAAGCUAAAAUUACACCUUCUAUAGAUGGAAGUGUAAUUUAAUAAUGCAAAAUAUGUUUAAAUGAAGAAGAAACCCCAGAAGAUCCAUUUAUAACUCCUUGUAAAUGCAAUGGAAGUUGUGCUUAUGUGCAUUUUAAUUGCCUUAAAUAAUGGUUAGAAAGUAGAGGCUAUAAAAAAGAAUCUGGCAAUACUAUUUCAUAUAGAUGGAAGAAGUAUCAAUAAUUAUAUAUUAUUUAGAUUAGAAUGUGAAGUAUGUUAGGAAUUAUUGCCACAAUAAAUUAGAUUCAAAGGAAAAGUUCUAGAUUUGGCAGCUUUGGAAAGACCCAAUCAACCAUAUAUAAUUCUUGAAAACACAUAAAUAUCAGAAAAGGAUAAGAAGGCUUAAAGAGGAAUCUAUCUUAUUAAAGGAACUCCAGAUGACCAAAUAAAAUUAGGACGUGGACAUUAAUGUGAAAUCAGGAUAUCAGAUAUAUCAGUAUCAAGAUUACAUGCUUUUAUCAAAUAUGAGAAAGGCAAUUUCGUUAUAGUUGAUAAUAAUAGUAAAUUCGGUACUUUAGUUCGUCUUUAAUCUCCAUAUCUUUUAUGCAUGGAUAAAAUAGCAAUUCAAGUAAUCUAAUAAAAAUUAUAAUUUUUCAGGUUGGUAGAACUGUAUUGACAUUUGUUAUGAAAUCCUUUGUUUAGACUGUCCAUAUGAAUGAUUAAUAAAAAGCUGCUUUAUUAGGUGGUUAAACUGGAUUUUAUUAAGGGGCAAAUAAAACAUAAACAAAUAAUGCAAACAAUAGCUAGAAAAAAAAUGAUAAGAAUUUAGGUUGAA